AUGAAAUGGGCUCAAAGAAAGGACAGAGUUUUCAUCACUAUUGAACUAGCUGACUUCGAGAAUCAAAAGAUUGAGCUUACCCCUGAAGGUCAACUUAAAUUCUAAGCUGAUUCACACAAUAAUGUCUAUGCUUUCGAUCUCGGACUCUUCGACUAAGUUGAUGUAGAGUAAAGCAAAUGGAACACUAAGGGUAGAAAUAUCAUUCUCAAUAUUUCAAAGAAAAACACUGAUACAGAUCACUGGCCAAGAUUAACUAAGGAGAAGACUAAGAAUGCUCACAUCCAGAUCGAUUGGUCCAAGUGGGUAGAUGAAGAUGAGGAAGAUGAAGCCAAACCAGUUGGUGAUGAUUUCGAUGGUGAUAACAUGAACAACUUCAACAUGGGAGGCUAUGGUGAAGGUGACUCUGAUGAUGAAGAGGAGGAAGAAGAGACUAAAGAAAACCAAGAACAUGUUCAUGGAGAGAAUUGCAACCAUGAUCAUGAUCAUGGCCACGACCAUGAACACCAUGCUCACACCGAGGAUAAGAAAACUGGUGCUGAUCUUGGAGAUCUUGACGCUGAUGUUGAAGAGCCACCCAAAUGA